AAGUGUUUUGCAUGUUGCACGACCAUUAAAUUCAAAGUUCACAAUUCUCUCUCAAACUUUUAAGUUUUUAGCUUGUUCCAAUUUUUGUUAAAAUUUUACUCGCUUUUCCCUCUACGUUUUUCUACUCGGCAUGCCUUGUGGUAAAUUUAUUUUGAGUUCUCAAUUUAAACGUUCAAUUUUGGGCGAUUUUAUAGUUUAACAGUUAAAAUAUAGUAACAGUAAAACUACACACACACACACAUCUACACAUACACAAGUGUCUACAUAAGUGGAAUAUGAGCAUCGCAAUUGUUCCACGACAGAGUACACUUGAGUUUAUGAGUAGUUUUGCGUUAAAGUUUUGCGAGCUGGCUAACUGGUGUACACUUUCCGCUGUACUUCUUUGAGUGCCGCGCAUUUAACUAUUGCUCCCGCCCCCCCGAACCUUAUAGUAGAUAUGUGUAUGUAUAUUACUAAUGUUUCAAUUUCUCGUUUAAUAUAUUUGCAACGCGCUCCACCCCACCGCUUGAGUAGGCGCUAGUCGUGUGGGCUUGCCGAGCACUCCGAGCAGUCGCAAGGGCUCCAUACUUGACAUUGCGCAGCAGCAACAACAGCAACAGCUACAACAGCAGCAUCAGCAACACUUGCAACAGCAACUGCCAGUGGGUAUCGGCAAUGCAGCGACCAGUCCACCCUCGGAUGACGAAGGCAAACAGUUUACGCCACGCUGGAAGGGUUCGGGCAGCAAUCUGCGUCCACAAAGCGCCAAGCAGGCGUUGUCAAUGCUGAAGCAAGCCUCCUCCGCCACGAAUGUAGCUAUGCAAGGGCAGAGUGGCGGUAGUUUGUUGGGUCUAGGCAACGAUAGCCCCAAACAGUUGCGAAAAGGUAGCAUGAUUAAUUUAAAGGCGAACGAAAACACGCUCGGACCGACAGCGAUACUGCAGCGCAAAGGAAGCGUUUAUGCGCACAGCGCAACAGAACGCGACACCCCUAGUGUCGGCAGUAGCGGUUCGCCGCAGCGGAAAGCCAGUGUUUAUGCUGGCGGUAGAGCAGGUGGCCACGUCGGUGAGUCGGCGCUGUUGCGCAAAAGUAGCAUGUAUAGUGUCAGCAGCAACGAAAGCCCGUCCAUAUUGCGCAAGCAGAGUAUCGCACCGCACCAUCUCAGUGCCAAAAACUUAAGUCACAGCAGUCAUGCAGACAGCAUGAGUAGUUUAACGUCAACGACUGCGACCACAGUCGCCACUGCGGGUAUUGAUACGGACUAUGGUCUAAAAAUGGGUCCAGGACAAAUACAUCCAAAAGGUUAUCGGCUGACAAUGGUGCGACAUGGCGAGCUGAAAAUGGCAUUUGCCAAAAUCAAAGGCACCGUCGAAGUGGAGGUGAUAUGCGCACGCAACAUUGUGCCCGAGGACUGUGAGACACCGCCGGAUACAUAUGUGAAAUGCUACAUCAAAGAUGGCGAUCGACUGCGGCACAAGAAGAAGACGCGCGUGGUGAGGCACUCGGCCGAACCCUACUACAAGCAGACGCUCAAGUAUCAGAGUGCGGACGUUUUCGGUCGCAACAUUGUCAUUAUGGUCUGGCAACGGUGUGUCGGUUUCGAACAUAACCAAGGUUUGGGCGGCACCGAAGUCAAUUUGGACAAAAUCAAUGCAGCACAACGCAUAGGCGGCUGGUAUCCACUCUUUCCGAUGCAUUCAUUAGGCGGCUCCGAUUCGGAUAAUUCUCCUUGACCGAUCACGCGCAAACACAUGCGAACCACACAAACAAAUACAAUGAACAAUAAAAUCGACACCACAAAUAUGAAUCAAAAUACAAUAAUUACAACAAAACGAGUUAUGACAAUUGCAACAAAAACACCAACAAAUCAACUACGCUAUAAAACUAUUUAUAAUAAUGAUUAUUGUAAUGAUGAUGCAAGUAAUUAUUACAAUAACGGUAUUGUAUGUAAUGAUUACGUUAAUGAUAAAGCAAAUAAUAAUUACAAUAAUGGUAAUGCAAGCAAUGAUUACGAUAAUGGUGAUGCAAGUAAUGAUUACACUAAUGGUAAUGCAAGUAAUGAUUACAAUAAUGGUGAUGCCAGUAUUGAUUAUAAUAAUUUAUGCAGCGAAAAGGCUCAAUUACAAUUUACUAGAUUUAAAUUGCAAUUUAUGGCAACUAUGGAAAUUUUCCAAUUACAACAAACUAUUAUGGCUAAGCAAAAACAAUUAAGAAUGGUUGUGGAACGGUUUGCGGAGGUCCCAAGGGCUUCUUAAAGGCUUGAAGAGUGAAUAUUAAAUUGUUUUUAAAAAAAUAUUAGUGAAUAUAGUAUAACCACAAUAAAAAUGCAUAUUUUAAUAAAAGAGCUUAUAGAAGAUUCUUCUAAAGAAUUUGUUGCAAAACAAAAACACCAUUACAAACACUCACACAUACAUACACAAUGGUAUAAUUACUUGUAUGCUCUUACUAUAGUUGGAAGAGGUGGUGAGGAAAUGUUAGUUACUAUUUACAAAGCAUUGAAUAAAAAAUGUUAAGUAGAGGAGAGAAGAGAAGGGAAAGUGAAAAGAUACAGCUUUUUAUAUACAUACAUACCCAACUACUUAUAUUAUAUAAUGCUGCUAUAAAAAUUUUUUCAAAAAUACAAGUACAAAUAUUUUGUUUUUAUAAUAUUAUUUCCGUUGCUAACACCAAAAAUAACAACAAAAUCAAAUUAACUACUCCACUAAUACAUAUAUAACCAGGCGAAUAGUCAGCUUUGGUUGCCUAAGGAAGUGUUUGUUGAACAAAGUAAAAGUGAAGUUAAUAAAAAUAUAUUAAAAAUAAAGAAAAAACUAUUUCAAUAAAAAAAUCAGGAAUGUUGCGUACCUUAGUAGCACUGAAGCACUAAACACUGCAGUACAAUUAAACUUAAACGAAACACCAGCGCAUCAGCACCAAUAAACACGCCUAACAACGCUUGCAUUAAACACACACACAUACAUACAUACUAUAUAUAUAAACAAACAAUGUAUAUAUAAAUAUAUAUAUUUACAAAUUUGUUGCUGCUUAAAUGUAAUGAAAGAAGUAAUGCAAUUAAAGUUGUUGGAUGGGCAGAAAAGUAUUAAAUUUAAGCGUGCUUAAAAGGCGGCGAGGUCUAUUUUUAGGCGUAUAAGCUGAAAUAAUAUUGCAUAUACACAUAUCCAUUUACACACCUACAAGGUACACAUAUACAGCCACGAGUAUACACAAAACCACUAUAUUUAUUGUUGUUGCGGCAUAAAUUAAGUGUUAAGGUGUGAUGUUACAAAUAAUUAUAAAUUAAAAACGCAGCGAAAAACUUCUGAUUUUCUUAAA